AGAGGGCGGGGUCAGUGAAGGCGCAGGCCACGCCCCCUCCGGAGCCAAAAUGGCGGCCCCGGGCAAACAGUAUGGACUUAUAUUCCCGAAGAAAGCACAACAGAAAACCCUCGUCAAACAUGCGGUGUUUAUGGACGACUCUGAUGAAGAGUCUUCAGUGGGUGAGAGCCUCCAACGAGAAGCCUUGAAAAAGCAAGCCAUGAAACAAACCAAGCUUGAGAUCCAGAGGGCAUUGGCUGAGGACUCCACGGUGUAUGAAUACGACAACAUUUAUGACGACAUACAGCAGAAGAAGGCAGAAAGUCAGGCCAGCGUCCUGGCAGGGAAAGGGGAGAAAAAGCCCAAGUACAUCCAGAAUAUCCUCAAGGCAGCGGAGCUGAGGAAGAAGGAGCAGGAGAGGAGGAUGGAAAAGAAAAUCCAGAAGGAACGCGAAAUGGAAGGGGAUGCCUUUGAUGACAAGGAAGCCUUUGUCACCUCGGCCUACAAGAAGAAACUGCAAGAAAGGGCCGAAGAGGAAGAGAGGGAGAAGAAGGAGGCGGCCCUUGAAGCGUGCCUGGAUGUGACCAAGCAGAAGGACCUCAGUGGUUUUUACAGGCACCUGUUGAAUCAGACGGUGGGGGAAGAGGAAACGCCCAAGUGCAGCCUUCGCGAAGCCAGGUUAAAGGAAGACCCCUCCAGUGAGCAUCCCAGAAAUACAGGCGAGAGCAGAAAUGGGGGGACAGGACCAGCGAAGGGAGAAGACAAUCCAGACGCGGACAGCGACUUGGAAAUCGAUACCAGCGAGGACGAGAAAGUUGAGAAAGUUGACCGGCGGGAGGAGAGAAAGGAGAGCAGGAAAGGCCACGGCGGGGAGAGAUCCAAGCACCGCAAGAGGUCCUCCAGCGAGGAGGGAAGCCGUUCCUCAAAGGCGCUGGCGGGUCACCGAGACAAGGAGGACGAAGCCAGGAAGGAAAGAAGAGGGAGUGAGAAGAAGCUGAGGCCGGACGAUCACGAAAGGGAGGACAGGCAGAGGAGUAAAGACAGGAAGGAGAGAGAUGACUACCACCGAGAGAUGAAGAAAGAGAAGGACAGGGAAGACAAGUACUCUGAGUGGGAACAGCAAGAGAAAGACAGGGAGACGAGCGGAAAGGACCACCGUGAGAAGAGAGAUGGAGACCAAGGGGCAAAGGAAGGCAGGGAGGAGAAGCAGCAGCAGAAGGAGAGCAAUAGCAGGAGCCCAGGGAGAGGGAAAGAGAGCCCCCCACACUCUGAAAAGUCACCUGAAGAGAAACACAAGGCUUCUGGGGAGGGAGAGGAGCAAGCGGAGAAGCUCCCAGAGCAGCAGAGUAAGUUUGCCAAGCGUAGCAACCAAGAGACGGUCAUGUCGGCCAGAGAUCGCUACCUGGCUCGGCAGAUGGCGCGGAUGGGCGCAAAGGCCUACAUAGAGAAAGAGGAGGAUUAGGGUUCUCUCUGGAGAGGUGGCACAUGCCCCAUAGCGAAGGUUCAAAGGCCCGAAGGAGUGAAAAGGGCUAUUUAAUUCCAGAGGGAAAGAUCUGAUCUUGGAACGCAGGGUCGGUAAGUCAACUUGUGCCUGUUUUGGCCCUUCCCUCCAUCGUUUACACUGUUUCGGAGUCUACGAGAAGGCAGCAAGGCUUCUUUUUGCUCCGCAGCCUAUGCAGAACCCUUUGUGGAGGUUUCCUCGUGAUCCUUUGGCCCAAAGGGGAAAAACAUAUAGACUUAAUGUGAUGAGGAAAUCAGUCCAAAAUUGGUAGAAUGAUUUCUGCAUUUGUAAACAAAGACCACAAUUUAGUGCCACAGCGACGUUUAAACGCUGGGAGGUUUUGUGUGGGUUUUGUCGUCUGUUCUGUGCAGAAACAUUGAAAUAAAAGGAAAGUGGUGAAUUUUCA